AUGGCUCCUGGAACGACAGAUUCCCCGAGGUCUCCCUCCUCAGGUGUUCUUCAGAAGUUAUUGUUAGUGUUCAUUAUCGGUAUAGCUGCUUCGACUUAUCAAGCGCUUCAGCCUCCUUCUCCAAAGCUUUGUGGCUCACCUGAUGGUCCAUACAUUAAAGCACCAAGAAUUAAGCUUAGAGAUGGAAGACAUUUGUCUUACAAAGAGUAUGGAGUUCCUCGAGAUGAAGCUACCCGAAAAAUCGUUGUUGUCCAUGGUUCUGAUAGUUGCAAACAUGAUAACGCUUUCGCAACUCUACUAUCACCGGAAUUAAAGGAAGGAUUAGGUGUGUAUAUGGUUUCAUUUGAUAGACCUGGUUAUGGAGAGAGUGAUCCGAAUCCAAACCGUACGCCUAAAAGCUUAGCUUUGGACAUAGAAGAGCUUGCUGAUCAGUUGAGUCUAGGAUCUAAAUUCUAUGUCAUCGGGUACUCGAUGGGAGGACAAGCGACAUGGGCAUGUCUUAAGUACAUUCCUCAUAGGUUGGCUGGAGUAACGCUUGUUGCUCCGGUGGUGAACUAUUGGUGGAAGAAUUUUCCAUCAGACAUCUCAAAUGAAGCUUAUUACCAACAACCGAGAAACGACCAAUGGGCGGUUCGUGUUGCACACUAUGCUCCUUGGCUUACUCAUUGGUGGAACUCUCAGAAAUGGUUCCCUGGAUCAAGUGUUGUGACCAAGAACUUCGGUAUUCUGUCUAAAUCAGACAAAGAGAUCAUGUUUAAGAUCGGUGCUGCUCGUAGGCCACAUGAGGCAGAGAUAAGGCAACAAGGAACACACGAGACAUUGCACCGUGACAUGAUUGUUGGAUUUGGAAAGUGGGAAUUCGAUCCAAUGGAGCUCGAGAACUUGUUCCCGAACAAAGAAGGAUCGGUGCACUUGUGGCAAGGAGAUGAUGAUGUGCUUGUGCCUGUGACACUGCAACGUUACAUUGCGAAAAAGCUUCCAUGGAUUCAUUACCAUGAGAUUCCUGGAGCAGGGCAUUUGUUCCCACUUGUUCCAGGAAUGGUUAAUAACAUCGUUAAGACGCUCUUAACCAAUGAUGAAGUCAAGAAUUAA